GACGAGUCAACGCCGUAACUUCAAGCCAUAUCAUGCAGGUCGCUCGACCGCGUCAACAUGAAGGUGGUCAUCUCCAUUCCAGCUCACGGACGGCCUGGCAGGUCGCCCGACAGGCUGCAUGACGGCGAUCCAAACGAAACCUUCUCUAUUGACUGCAAUUAACUCGCGUCGACCGGCACUGGAGCCGGCCAGCGCUGUCACUGCACUGGCCAAGCCAAGCAUCGAAAAUAACCAUCUCGAAGCCGUUUCCUGUUUCCAGCACGCGAAUAAUUCACUCAGUAAAAUUGAGCGGCGUACCAGAAUCUCCAUCACUUGGCGGACCUGUUCCUGCACGAGCUUCGUGUUGUCGCGAUUCAACUUCAAGCGAUACACUUACAAAGGCGCUGUAUGUGUGUCUGUCCUCAUCUGCCUCGAGAACGUCCCCAAGGCCAACGUCACUCACGCGCCAAAGUUUGCCAGCAGUUCCCAAGCCAAAUUUCCCAAAGCCACCGGAGAUGCGAGGCUCGCGUCAGGCGUCAGAGUGUGCCACGUGCUGUUAAUGUCCAGUCUCCAGCCACGACGAUCGGGAAGCACCAACGCCGAGCGCGACGUCAUGCUCGCGCUAAGGUAACGCCCACCGAACGCGCCGCAAGUUCAGCGUAUCGACCAGCAAUGUAAACGAAAAGUGUCGCCAGAGAGAUGAGCGAGCAAGCGAAACGAAUGGCCCUCGCUCCAGCUUGACACACCGCUUCGCAACGGUUGCCAUAGACUAAGAGGCUCUUUGGGCGCUUCAGCCGAUCACCUGAACCGGGUAAUUGACGCGUACAUAGCGGCCUCAUUCUUCAUCCUCCCCCCUUACGCCGACAUGCUUGCGCUCACUAUCGUCAACGUCACGGGCACCGUCACGACUAUUAUCCUGCUCUUCUCGCCCUUCCCGGAUUUCCGACGGAUCCACUCGGAAAAAUGCACAGGUGAAGUGCGCGUCCUACCCGUGCUCAUGCUAGGCGUCAACUGCUUCACGUGGUCCGUGUACGGCUUCCUGAGUGGCACGUACUACCCCGUAAUGUCCCUCAACGCCUUCGGGGCGCUCACAUCGCUGGCGUUUACGCUCGUCUUCUACCGCUGGAGCGCCGACCGUCCCGCACUGCACAAAAUGGGUGCUGUCACAGCUGCCUGGGUCGUGCUGGCGCUGAUGUUCGCGGUGCUCUGCAAGACGGACGUCAUCGAUCUCUCGUCUAAUACUCAGGAGAAGAUCAUCGGUUAUAUCGCCGUCCUCAUUAACAUCGCACUCUACGCGUCGCCUCUACAGACGAUGAAGCUCGUGUUACAGACCAAGUCGGCGGCUUCCCUCCCAGCCACCAUGUGCUGCGUCAACCUCGUGAACGGGUCCCUCUGGGUGCUCUACGGUAUCUUGGCCAACGACAUGUUCGUGCUCACCCCCAACGCUUUAGGUGUGGUGCUCAGUGCCAUCCAAGUGGCGCUGUGUAUCAAGUUCCGACACACUGGACGUGUCGUGGAAGCACACGACAUUGUCAUGGACACCAAGUGCGAUGUUAUGGUUCUGCCCCCCGUCGUGGAUGUUGACGUACCCAAGUCGGCAGUAUACGAAGCCAUGCACUCUCCGGUAUGAAUUAAUGAUGCAAAAAUCAAGCGCCUCAUACUCUCAGACCGUGAUCGAUCGUCCACGGUCGACUUCUACCCCACCAUCAAAGACCAGGACCGAGUCCUGUGUAUUGAACAGGUGCCUUAGCGAGACGCCACUCGGUUGCCGUCCGCGACACAAUCUUUAGGACAGAUAAAUAGAGAUUGAAUCUUUCAUUACCUU